AUGACCUUCCCGAAAAUGAAGAAAGUGGGUAUGAACUCUCCAGGACAGCUGAGGUUACAGCGCGACCAGUUUGCCCGUAUGAUGACGGCAACCAAAAAGACAAAUCCAAACCCUUACCAUCAUUACAUUUCUAACAGUAACCAUAAAAAUAAAGGGUCAUCUUCCUCUAGCAAUAACAGCAGAACCUCCCCCCACAGCCACAACACUACCAAACAACAAAUCCCACAACAAUUCCUACAAAAGCUGGUCUCAGUAGCUAACAACCACACCAACAGCAACAAUGGUAUCAAUAAUGGUCAGGCUACCGUUAGUCCACAAAUGUAUUAUUCGGCUGCCUUCCAACAACAACAACAAAAACUUCAACAACAACCCAACAAUAACAACCACCAUCAUGCACGCCGUCAUCAUGUGACCAGCCACCAUCAGGUUCAGCGCGGCCUCACCCCCAAUGUAGGAGAUAUUCCGUCCUUGGCUGCUGCUGCUGCAAGUACUCCACCUCAAAACAAUACCACCACCACCACCACUAAUACCACCACCACCACCACACGCAGUCGGCUACUGUUUACACCACCCCCUAAGUCGGACGCAGCCAACACUCAUGCAGUCCAUCCGGGUACAACAGCCUAUGCGGCGGCCAAGUUUAAUGAUCCUCCUUCACCAAAAGUGCUUCCGAAGCCACCUGUGCAUUGGACAAGCACAAGCAGCUCAAAAACGGUGAUCCCUCUGCCUAGUAGCCGCCUCCUCUUGAGCAAUAGUACCACAGGCGGCACCGUUUCUUCAUCUUCAUUCUCUCCAAAUGCAGCAGCAGCAGCAAUAGCUUCCUCCUCCUCUUCCACCACCACCACCUCCAUCUCAAGCAGCAACUUUGGCAUGUGUGGUGCUAGCGACUCUUCUCCAUCAUUAUCAUCAUCUUCAUUGUUGCCAUUGUCAGCAUCCUCUUCACCUUCUACUUUGACAUCACCUCCCACUAAUUCUCUGGCUGCUUCCAAGACAAUGUUCCUGUCCAGCCCAUAUUGCUCGAGUGCUGCUGACAACAUGACCAGCCACCUUCGGAUGAUGCUGAAACUCACGGUCCAGGCUUGA